GCUGCACGACGAGCGCUGGAGGCGGCAGCUACAUCGGAGACCUGGGUUUUCUCGUCCCCCUCUCCUCCUUUUUUUUUUUUUUUUUUUUUUUUUUCCUCCCUUCCUCCUUCCCCUCCUUCCUCCCCCUCUUCCCUCCACUUCCCUUUGCGCGGCGAGAGCCAGCGAAAACUCCCGUGCAAAGCCCGGCCGCCGCCGCACAGCCGGUGCGCUCCCGGAGCGGAAAGUUGCGGCACGCUCCGGCGCUCCGCUACCGCGGGGAGAAGGCUCAGGACUUACAAAACCCACCCGGAGGCGCGGGCUUAGACGUUCUGCACCGUUCUUCUCGCUUCCCGCACGGCCCCGAAGGCAGCAUCUUUGUUUUGUUUUGCUUUUGCCCUCCUGCCGCUGCUCCUUUCUCCUCUCCGUGGGCGUCUGAGUGCCCGGAGCUGCCCGCGGUGCGCUGCCGGCGCUGAUACCCAAAGCCGAGAGGCGUCGGGCGGCCCGGGGAGCCGGCUCGUCCCUGGCUUUGUCGCUGCGGUCCGAAGAAGCCCCAGAAGCCGGGAGAAGGAGGAGGCGGCGGUGGUGGAGGGGGGAGCAGAGGAAAGGAAGCGAGAGGCAAAGCGGAGGCAAAGUUUCUUUGGAAUAGGGAGCGCGGCCAGCCCUCUGCCAGGCUGCGCGCUGGGGCCAGGUCUCCAGCCCCCUCCGCCCGGAGAGGAGCCCACAAGACAGCGAUGGCCGGAGAGCUGAGCAUCGGAGCCGAGCUGCCCACCAGCCCCCUGGCCAUGGAGUACGUCAACGACUUCGACCUGAUGAAGUUUGACGUGAAGAAAGAGCCCCUGGGCAGGAACGACCGCUCGGGCAGGCACUGCACCCGCCUGCAGCCUGCGGGCUCCGUGUCCUCCACCCCCAUCAGCACCCCCUGCAGCUCCGUGCCCUCCUCGCCCAGCUUCAGCCCCACCGAGCAGAAGACCCACUUGGAGGACCUGUACUGGAUGGCCAGCAGUUACCAGCAGAUGAACCCCGAGGCGCUGAACCUCACCCCGGAGGAUGCCGUCGAAGCCCUCAUCGGGUCCCACCAAGUGUCCCAGCAGCUGCAAGGCUUCGAGAGCUUCCGGGCCCAUCACCACCACCAUCACCAUCACCACCAGCACCACCACCAGUACCCCGCCGUCACCCACGAAGACCUGGCAGGCAGUGGGCACCCUCACCACCACCACCACCACCACCAUCAGGCCUCUCCCACCCCUUCCACCUCGUCCAGCUCCUCGCAGCAGCUCCAGACCUCGCACCAGCAGCAUCCCCCCUCCAGCAGCGUGGAGGACCGGUUCUCGGAUGACCAGCUGGUCUCCAUGUCCGUGAGGGAGCUCAACAGGCACCUCCGAGGCUUCACCAAAGACGAGGUGAUCCGCCUCAAGCAGAAGAGGAGGACCUUGAAGAACAGGGGCUACGCUCAGUCCUGCAGGUAUAAACGUGUCCAGCAGAAACACCACCUGGAGAACGAAAAGACCCAGCUCAUUCAGCAGGUGGAACAGCUCAAGCAAGAAGUGACCCGGCUGGCCAGAGAGCGAGACGCCUACAAGCUCAAGUGUGAGAAACUUGCCAGCAAUGGCUUCAGAGAGGCCGGCUCCACCAGUGACAACCCGUCUUCCCCCGAGUUCUUCAUGUGAGUGCUUAAUAAAAAUAAUUAAAAAAAAAAAAACCAACAAAAAAAAAAAAAAAAAAAAAACCCCACCCGACCCCUGACCCCCAUCCCCUUUCCCCCCCCCCCGCUCCCAUCCUCCUCUGACAUCUUCAUCCAUCUGUCUGCUUGACUAGCGAGAAAGAAGGAGAGAAACGUAGAGACUUGAUUUUUUUUGCAGCAUCCAGACUUCUAGAUUAGCUGUGGGAAAAGUAGGCUGGGGGUGGGGAUGGGAGAGGUAAAGUGCAACUUUUCGACUUUGGUUUGCGAGUUAGAGACAGGGACAGAGGCACAGGAGAAAAGGACAAGGGAAGCGUUUCAUAGAUCGCUUGCUUGCAGAACGAGAUGGACUUUAAGAGAAUAAUAACAAAAAAAAAGGACAAUGAACAAGCCAUCUAUAACAUACUGCCUGCUUGGGAAGAGAGAGGACACAUACAGCACCAUCUCAUGCACAAUUUACCCGCUUGGAAAAAAAGAGAAUAAUUAAAAAGGACAAUAUAUGCAAACUCUUCAUAUAUUGCCUGCUUUGAGAAAAAAGUUACAGGACUCAGAUGGGACAUUCAAUCUAAGAAAGGAAAGAAAGAAAGGAGAAAAAGAAAAACUCAUCAGUUUUAUUGCCUGCUUGAUUAUAUAGAAAAAUACGAAAAUCUGCAUUAAAAAUAUUAAUCCUGCAUGCUGGACAUGUAUGGUAAUAAUUUCUAUUUUGUACCAUUUUCUUGUUUAACUUUAGCAUGUUGAUCAUCGAUCCUAGGUUUCUGUUGUUUUGUUCCAUCGCUAAGGAAAGCAUCACGAGUUAUCUGAAGUUUUUACUGCUUGUGCAGUUUUGUUCGUUGGUUUUUUGCUCUCUUAUUUUCUUUUAUGGUUGUUGGCUUGUAAAUAUCUGCUACUUCAAACCGCACAGGAGAAGAAAACAAAACAGAAAGCAAAGUAACAUUUCAGCAGGCUGGGUCUACGGUUUGGUUGGUAUUACGGAGAUACUUAAGGAAAGGAAAAAAAAAAAGUUAUGGGCAUUUUGCAUUCAGAAAAAGAGAGGGGAAAAAAAAAAA